AAGAAAAAAGAAAACGCGAUGGUGCGCGAACGGUGACGUGCGUUGGCAACGGUGUUUUUGGAAAUCGCGCUGCUUGAUAUCGUUAUCGAUUUUCCCAUUUAAUUUCAAUCCGUCGCUGGAAUAGUCUGCUCGCAGACAAAUGCGACGAAGCAUUUGAUUUAGUUGAUAAGUAUAGUUUAUUUUACGUGUGUGUGGUGAAAGAAAAACGUGCAAAAUGGGGUCGUUAUUCAGGAGUGAAGAAAUGACAUUAUGCCAGCUUUUCUUACAAAGUGAAGCAGCGUAUGCCUGCGUUUCUGAGCUCGGAGAGCUGGGUCUAGUGCAGUUUCGCGAUCUAAAUCCCGACGUGAAUGCCUUCCAACGCAAGUUCGUCAAUGAGGUGCGCCGCUGCGACGAGAUGGAGCGCAAGCUGCGCUACUUGGAGAAGGAGAUCAGGAAGGACGGCAUCCCCAUGCUGGAGAUCCCGGGGGAAUGUCCAGAGGCGCCGCAGCCCAGAGAGAUGAUUGAUCUUGAGGCCACCUUCGAGAAACUAGAGAAUGAGCUCCGGGAGGUGAAUCAAAACGCGGAAGCUCUCAAGAGGAACUUCCUCGAGCUGACCGAACUGAAGCAUAUCCUGAGGAAGACGCAAGUAUUUUUCGACGAGCACGAGGGUGGUGCGAAUACCACUGAGUCGAUGACGCGCGCGCUGAUUUCCGACGACCCGAACAGACAUAUCGGGCACGUCCAACUAGGUAUGCGGGAUAAGCAAGAAUCCUUGGAAUUCCUGCCUUGUUUCGUGGCCGGAGUGAUCCUCCGCGAGAGGAUACCAGCUUUUGAGCGAAUGCUUUGGAGGGCGUGUCGGGGCAAUGUGUUCCUCCGGCAGGCUGAGAUCGACAUGCCAUUGGAGGACCCGUCUUCUUCGGACAACGUGUACAAGUCGGUGUUCAUCAUCUUCUUCCAAGGAGACCAGUUGAAGACGCGCGUCAAGAAGAUCUGCGAAGGGUUCCGCGCGACCCUCUACCCGUGCCCUGAAGCGCCGGCCGACCGCAGGGAGAUGGCUAUGGGCGUCAUGACCAGGAUCGAGGAUUUGAACACCGUCCUCGGACAAACCCAAGACCACCGUCACCGCGUCCUGGUUGCCGCUGCGAAAAACAUCAAGAACUGGUUCGUCAAAGUGCGCAAGAUCAAGGCGAUCUACCACACGCUGAACCUGUUCAACUUGGACGUGACGCAGAAGUGUUUGAUCGCGGAGUGCUGGGUGCCGGCGCUGGACCUGGAGACUAUACAGUUGGCUUUAAGAAGGGGGACGGAACGCAGUGGGAGCUCGGUGCCUCCGAUCUUGAACCGCAUGGAAACGCUAGAAGACCCGCCGACAUACAACCGGACCAACAAGUUCACGUUCGCCUUCCAGAACCUGAUCUACGCGUACGGUGUCGCCACCUACCGGGAGGUUAACCCAGCUCCGUACACGAUAAUCACAUUCCCGUUCCUGUUCGCGGUGAUGUUCGGCGAUCUGGGCCACGGCGCCUUAAUGGCGGCCUUUGGAUUCUGGAUGUGCUACAAGGAGAAACCUUUACAGGCCAAGAAAAUUGACAGCGAGAUCUGGAACAUAUUCUUCGGCGGUCGCUACAUCAUCCUUCUGAUGGGGUUAUUCUCGAUGUACACCGGUAUAAUUUACAACGACAUCUUCUCCAAGAGUCUCAACAUCUUCGGCUCGUCCUGGAAGAACAACUAUAACGAAUCCACACUGACAUCCAAUAAGAUUCUGCAGCUCAAUCCUGACUCGAAUGCGUAUACGCAGACGCCGUAUCCGUUUGGCGUUGAUCCUGUUUGGCAGCUCGCGAACGCUAACAAGAUCAUCUUCAUGAACGCGUACAAGAUGAAGAUCUCCAUUAUUCUGGGCGUUUUCCACAUGCUGUUCGGCGUUUCCCUCUCCAUGUGGAACUAUGUUUACUUCAAGCGGCGCAUCUCUAUCUACGUGGAGUUCAUACCGCAGAUCAUGUUCCUCACGCUGCUGUUCUUCUACAUGGUGCUGCUCAUGUUCAUCAAGUGGACUUCCUACGGCUCCUCCGGCGAGGGAUAUUUCAACAGCAACGACCCUGAAAUAGUGAAAUCGAGCGGCUACUGCGCGCCGUCGAUCCUGAUCACGUUCAUCAACAUGAUGUUGUUCAAGAAGGAGGAGAACAACCGCCCCGAGUGCGACCCGCAGAUGUUCGCCGGGCAGUUCUUCAUACAGAAGUUGUUUGUGAUAGUGGCGCUGCUGUGCGUGCCCGUCAUGUUGCUGGGCAAGCCCUACUUCGUGUGGAAGGAGCAGAAGCAGAGGGAGCGUCAAGGUCACCAGCCCGUGGAGGCCGCGGCGGAGAACGGGGCGGCGGGGGGCGCCGUGGUGCCCGCGGCUCAUCACGACGAAGACCUCACUGAAGUCUUCAUUCACCAGUCGAUCCACACGAUCGAGUACGUGCUGGGCAGCAUCUCGCACACGGCGUCGUACCUGCGGCUGUGGGCGCUGUCGCUGGCGCACGCGCAGCUGGCGGAGGUCGCCUGGAACAUGCUGCUCAGGAAAGGUCUAAUGUCGUCAGACUUCGAAGGCGGCAUAAUCUUGUACGUGGUGUUCGCGGGCUGGGCCGCCAUCUCCGUGGCCAUCCUCGUGCUGAUGGAGGGUCUGUCCGCCUUCCUGCACACCCUCCGGCUGCAUUGGGUGGAGUUUCAGAGCAAGUUCUACAAGGGUGAAGGUUACCUGUUCCAACCCUUCUCAUUCGAAAUCAUACUGGAAUCCGCGGGUCAAGGCGAUGAGUAGCUUCACUCCAUCACACAGUAAACUGAAACCAGUAAGACAUCUCUGUGUUUUACACGCGUGUAAAGCCGUAUUUAUCAAAUCAAAUCAUUAAUUUUCUACAAGUAUUUUAACAUAGUGUACAUUAUAUUAUUUGUUACAAUUGUUGAUGAGAACUUAAUCUGGAUUUAUAUGCGUAAUAGUUUUUAUCUAUCUACUAAUAUGGACCGUAUUUGUCGACAUAGAUGUGUCUUUAAGUAUUAGUAUACACGUAAUCCAUAAAAUUGUAACUUUUUAAAUGAAAUAAUUAUAAUUUUUGAUAUUUCUUUGUAAUUUAUUUUUUUUAGAGGCGAUUUGAUUUUAAAUUAAUCAUUUUAAUUGGAAAGAUUAGGAGGUGACUUACUGUUCUCGAUUUACUAUACAAAUAAAAUAGCUUCAUUAUAGCGGCAGAUAUAUGGUUCCACAGUAAUCGAUUUAAAAUCAUAGAUCGGUAAAUUGAUGUUGCAUGCAGUAUUUAUUCCAAUUUGUAUGUAGAUGUUUUAAUAUUUAAAUAAAUAUUGAUGUGUAGUAACGUAGUGGUAGAUUAUAUCCCUAAUUUUGGGGAUAAGGUAAAAAUAGCGGUUGAUUCAAAUAGAAAUGUUUCUAUUAAAAAAUAUCCGAAAUUUAACUUAUUAUAUGAUGUAGAAAUUUUGAACUUUUAUCGUAAUAAUAUCACUAUACCUGCCCUGUAAUUUGUUAAAAAUAAUAAUAUCUAAGCGAUGUACUCAGACCUUGUAUCACAGCUUCUUUAAAUUAAGAAAUCUUAGCGAAAAUGUUUGAGGUGAUUUUUUUUAAUAUAUUUUGUUAGUUGAAUAGCAUUUUUAGCAGACGAUUUUUUAAGAAAUAACCGUGUGGAAUUAUUUUGUAAUCACCAAUUUCUGUACUUAAUUUUUAUUGGAUUUUCCGAGGCUCUCUUUAUUGUGAUGCGCACGCGCGCCUUGCCAUUCCAGUCUGAAAUAGUUUUAUUCUGAUUUAACGCGAUACGUUCGCGUAGGAAAUAUUAUUGGUGAUGAAUAAACAUUGUUUUGGUAGCAUAAUAA